GCGUGCUACGUGACAGUUUAGAAGUAAAUAGGUUAUAUACUUGAAUGAAUUUCACCAUAAAAACAAAAAAAGACUUAAAAUGAGUGAAAAAAAUACCAAUACUGCUUUGGUUCGGAGGGUUAAUAAAUUGCUCGAAUCAAGAGUAGAGCAUGACAAGGAUACACUCGAAGCUUUAAAGGAAUUGUCUACAUUUUUUACGGAGAAUACGCUAAAUGCUCGUCGAAAUUUACGUAGUAAAAUAGAAAGACGAAGUCUCGUAAUAAACGAAGAAUUUCUAUCCGCAUUUAGAGAAGUAAAAGCUUCUUUAGAUGAUAUAUAUCAAGAUGUUUUAGCCAUGAACACCGCUGUACAAUGUAUGACAAAUCGUUUACAAACUACAAAAACGCAAACGUCGCAAUUAAUCGAUCAGACUUCAAAACUUCAAAAUAAAAGUCAAACUUUGUCCAUGCAACAGGAUGUUGCAAAUGCAUUUAUUAAAAAUUUUCAAUUGUCUCAAGCAGAAUUGAUCGUCUUACAUGGGUCUAGUAGGGAGUCGCCUAUUACAGAAGAAUUUUUUUCUGUAGUUAAUCGUGUCCAGGAAAUCCAUAGCAGUUGUAGAAUAUUAAUGCAGUCGGGAUACCAAACAUUGGCUUUAGAUAUUAUGCAAAGAAUGACAUUGUUACAAGAAGCAGCUCUAGAACGAUUAUAUAGGUGGACGCAAAAUCAAUGCAAACACGUUGAAAAUGAACGUUUAGCAACAUUGUUGAUUAAAGCGAUGAAGAAAUUACAGGACAGACCAGUUUUAUUUAAAUAUAUUUUAGACGAAUAUUGUGCAGCUAGAAGGACUGCGUUAGUGGGAUCUUUUAUAGACGCGUUAACGUUAGGAGAAGGAUAUGGCGGAACACCCAAUCCUAUCGAGAUGCACGCAAACGAUCCUAAGCGAUACGUUGGAGACAUGCUUGCCUGGCUUCAUCAAGCUAUUCCCGUCGAGAAAGAGAAUAUUUUGACCUUGGUAAAGGGCUGUGACAAAACAGAUGUAUCGGAUCAGAUUAAACUAUCAUUGAGCAAUAUCACAGAGGGACUCUGUCAUCCUCUGAAAUCAAGAAUGGAGCAUGUCAUUUCUAUGGAUGCACCAGCAACGGUGUUAUAUUCCGUUACCACUCUUCUUAGAUUUUAUCGCGCGAUAAUUCAGCAAGUAGUACCUGAUAGUACCUUGGACUCGAUAUUGGCGGACUUGUUAGUACUGAGCGAGAAAAGUUUUCUCAGUAGACUUCAAAAAGAGACGCGCAUUGCGCUUGGUGAACGCGCGGAACCACCAGGAAAUGAUUUAGUACCUGCUCCAUCUGUUUCCAGAUUACUAUCCCUUCUUAACGAAAUUCUCUCUGUAGCGAGUAUAGCAGAAGAUAGAGAAAAAGAUAUGUUACAGAUAGUAUCUUGCAUUAUCGAUCCACUUUUGCAAGAAGUUAACGAAACGGCGUCGAGAUUACCAACAGUGGACAUGGCUGUGUACCUUCUAAAUUGUAUGCAUCAAAUACAGUCUACUUUAGCAUUGUACGAAUACAUGGACCAAAGAUUAGAAAGGUUACAGGCCCAGUCCGAUGCACAAAUUGAUACUCUUACGUCGGAACAGGCCAGUUCGUUAGUCGCGCAUUUAAAUCUGGGUUCAAUUUAUACGAUUUUACAGGGGCAUGAACGAGGUCCGUUAUCUUCUGUUCCUGGUAUGGAUCCUCUGAGCGUAAAAGAAUUUACAAACAAACUGGAAACUUUUCUGGUGAUGCCAGAUGUGUUAUUGUUGCCACAAAUAAGUUUAUUGCAAAGUAAUAAUCAUCGUUCGAUAACGCAAAAACGUUCUUUCGAAGUAAUUGGGGCAAUCUACAAACAACUGUAUGAAGCUUGCCACAAUCCAAAAAAUUUAUACCAAAAUCCUAACAGUCUAUUUUCAAGAACUCCCGAUGAUCUCUUACAGACAUUAAUUGCCACAUAAAUGUACAUCGAAUGUAAAUAAUAACUGA